AGUUCCCUCUCCGAGUGGCUGCUCGGUGAUGAAAGCCAACUUCCCCUGGGCGGCGGGGCGCACCAACAUCCGGCGAGCUUGUGGGUGAAGAAACCAUGGUGCGGUUCAAGCACAGGUACCUGCUCUGUGAACUGGUGUCUGACGACCCCCGCUGCCGCCUGACUCUGGAGGACCGUGUGCUGAUCGGCCUCGUACGGGACACGAUCGCCCGGGUGCAUGGGACCUUCGGCGCGGCGGCCUGCUCCAUCGGCUUUGCAGUUCGAUACCUCAAUGCCUAUACUGGAAUAGUGCUGCUUCGAUGCCGAAAGGAGUUCUACCAGCUGGUGUGGUCAGCCCUGCCCUUCAUCACGUAUUUGGAGAACAAAGGACACCGCUACUCCUGUUUUUUCAACACCUUACACGUGGGAGGUACCAUUAGGACAUGUCAGAAGUUCCUGAUUCAGUACAACAGGAGGCAGCUGCUGAUCUUGUUACAGAACUGCACCGAUGAAGGAGAGCGGGAGGCUAUCCAGACGUCUGUCAACAGAAGCUGUUUAUUACUAGAGGAAUCAUCUGGGGAGGAAGAGCUUCCAGACAGUGGAGCUGAGGAAGCGGCUGAGGCCAUGGCGUGAGCUGACCACCCAGCAGGCUUCACUGUGUCCGAGAUCUCAGAGUGGAGGACAGUCAACCGGAGAACCAUCUUCUACAGCUUAAAAUGGAGGCCAUGCCCACUGAAAACACCAAAGUAGUUUUUACUGUGCUCCUGGCUAAGUAGUCCUACUGGUUGUAAAGGCUGUACAUUUGUAGAUAUUCCUGUCUCUGUGGCUGAGAGUAGACGUAAUAUUUGGUUUCUGUAGCACUGAGCCCAAGAAUUAGGUUACAAAAAGGGCUCACACACUCCAUGCCUAACCAGGUCUCUUCUUCCAUACACCACUGGCUUUUCUGUGAACACAACCUCCCCUCUUACGGUACUAGACAAAUUGU